GAGGCCGAAACUUAGAGAUCGGCAGAUCGCUCUCAAAUCAAACACUUCCACUGCUAACAGGACUGCCUUGCUUGUCCAUCGUUUUUGUGAAGACUAGUUUCUUCUGUGUGUCAAUUGGGUUGUGGGGAUUUGAUCGGAAAGAUGAUGGACGGUGGACUCUCAAGCAUAAAGAAGUGGGUAGUACUGUACCCGGUCUACAUCAAUUCCAAGAAGACUGUAGCUGAAGGGAGGCGAAUCGGUGUCGCGAAAGCUUGUGAGAAUCCGACCUGUGCCGAGAUCGCCGAUUGCUGUAGUCACCUCAAAAUUCCUUUUGCUAUCGAGAUUGAUAAGGCAUAUCCACGCGAUUUCAUGCAAAUUGGGAGGGUGAGGGUUCUGUUGAAACGGGAAGAUGGAACAUUUUUCAAUCCUGCCAUUACUUCAAGAAAACAGCUGAUGCUCCAUGUUGCCGAGUUGGUUCCUAAACAUCCCGGUAGGACUAAGAAACAGGAAUCUGUAUCCACAUCAGCUGCUGGUACAUCCAAGUCAGGCAAGGGUGGAAAGAAGAAGAGAUGAUAAUGAACCUUUCAAAUUCGUAGGACAUACCCAUUUUUAGGUUCCAAUAUCAUCUUUUUGAGUUUUCAAUUGUAACCUUUAUCAAGCACAAGCUUCCUUCCAUCGGGCAUUGAGUUUCUCAACAAAAAUUCAGAUGUAAAAUUUUGUGGAUUUACCCUUUACUGUUUGUGGGGUAGUGUUAUGACUUUCAAUUUGGAAUGGUUUUCUUAA